AUGCCGUCUCCUCUGCUCCUCCUCCUCGGGCUGUCCCUCACCGACGCGCUGUUGCUGGCGCAGCGGAGCGGCGCUGAGGUCAUCAUUCACGGCCGCAGGGUGUCCGCUUCGGACGCCGUCUUGGCAAACGCCGGGCAGUGCAUCGAGCCCAUCGACCCAGUCGCUGGUGGCGCCGCCUUCUUCGCCGCAGCCGCGCUAGCUGCGGUCGGCUUCAACACGCAGCGCAACCGCGACGACUCGCUGCGAGAGGGCGGCAACGUGCCUCGGCGCCGAGCGCUGACGUGGCUCGGCUUGCAGACAGGCGCUGCCUUCUGCGUGGGCCCACAACUCACGAACCCUUGCAGUAACGUCAACUCGCUCGAGUAA